ACGGGCCAUUUGUGUCUCACACUCCAGUCCAGCAGGUGGCGGUCGUGCACUUUCAAAGUGGAAUACGAAGGGCCACAAACACCAGGAAGAAGGCGCUGCUCGGUCUUCUGAGGUCUGGCGUUCAGAAAACCAUUCCCGGAGGGUGAAAGAGGGAGAAGAAGGUGUCAUUCCCUGUAACUGUCCCAGUUUCUGGAUGUGACAGAAGAGACCCGAAUGCCAUGGCGAGAAAGACCAGAAAUAUUAAGGAGGAGGUGGACUGUGAAUGGGGAUCUGUCCACCCUGCUCAGGGGAGUCUGUCUGUUAAAGAUGAGGAUUGUGAACAGGGGGCUGUGCACAUUAAGGAAGAAACUGACGAGAAACCUGUCAUCAGUAAAAUGCAGAAACAUAAAAUUAUGAACAGAGUCGAGAAAGAAGACCUUCAUUUAGAGUCUCUUUGUCAUCGUGGUAGCAAAGAUGGAGGUGUGACAGGAUUAGUCUCCCCUCAGAGUGGAAACUGUUCGGUCCAGGAGUAUUCUGUCAGUGUGGAGUCUGGUGUUGACGUAGACACAAAGACCUCUGAGGAAGUAUCAAGGAGAAUGGCCAGGAGUCGCCUAUCAUCUACAAAUCAAUGUGGAGAAGAUACUCCGAAGAGUCCCAGCUUGUCCCCAUCUUUGUGUGUUCAGAUUUCACUCCAUGACAGACAACAACGAACGCCACAUGAUGAAAAUAUAAAGAAAAUGACAUCUGGACCACAAACUUUGUCACCAGCCUCUCUUAAGUUUUUCCCUCAGCCAGUUGUCAAGCAAACAAAAACAGGCGCAAUUAAUACUCAAGAACAGGAGCAAAAUUCAAAUUCGGGCGCUUUAUACGUAUGCCAAAACCAAAGGAAGCGUUUGAAAAGGAAAUCCAGAUUUGAAGGAAAUCGGUUAAACCUUACAGAUCAACACCAAUAUUGCUGUUCUGAAUGCGGCAAGCAGUUUUUAAAAAAGAAACCUCUUGAGAUCCACCAAAGAGUUCAUAGUGGAGAGAAGCCAUAUUCCUGUUCAGAAUGUGGCAAACAAUUCUCUUACAAGAGCAGCCUUAACACCCACAUGAGAACACACACCGGAGAAAAGCCUUAUUGGUGUUCUGAAUGUGGUAAGGGAUUCUUUAACAACAGCCGUCUUCGGAGGCACGCCAGAAUUCAUUCUGGGGAGAAACCAUAUUGCUGCCCUGAAUGUGGCAAAAGAUUUUGUGUCAAGAGCAAUCUUCAGAGCCACAUGAAUUGCCACACAAGAAUGAAGUCGUAUUGCUGUUCUGAAUGUGGAGCACAAUUUGCAUUUAGCAGCCAUCUGAAAAACCACCAAAGAGUUCACACAGGAGAGAAGCCAUAUUGCUGUUUGGAAUGUGGAAAACAAUUUUCACAGAUUGGUGCUCUACAAACCCACAAAAGAAUUCAUACGGGAGAGAAGCCAUUUUGCUGCUGCGAAUGUAGCAAAAGAUUCUCCGACAAGAGCAGUCUUAACUUUCAUAUGAGAAAUCAUACGGGCGAGAAGCCGUAUUGCUGUUCAGAAUGUGGAAAGCGAUUUUCACAAGCGAGCAAUCUUCAGAGCCACAAAAGAAUUCAUACUUCUGAGAAGCUGUAUAGCUGUUGUGAAUGUGGCAAACAGUUCUUAUACAGGACUAGUCUUAACACCCACAUGACAGUUCACACUGGAGAGAAGCCAUAUUGCUGCUCUGAAUGUGGGAAACGAUUUUCAAUACUGAGUAAUCUUCGCAGACACACAAAAAAUUCCCACCAGAGUGAAGCCAUAUUGCUGCUUUGAAUAUGGCAAACGAUUUUCACGAAUUAGCCAUCUUCAGAAACGCACACUGUAAAGAAGUUGCAUUCUGGGUGUAGUGAGUAAUUUUCAAAAACGAGCAAUCCUGAGACACGUGAGCCCAUAUGUGGGAGAAACAAAAAUAUAUCAAAAGAAAAGUAAAUGGUAAGACUACAAAUAUACUGCUUACAUUUUGCUCCAGCCAAACUUAAAUCAAGAGCAAACCCAUGGAUGGCUUACCAGUGGUGAACAAAGACCAACUUCUCAUAGCUGAACACCAUAGUGACCUGUGAACAGAGUGAUACAAGAUACCAGUACAGGGAAAGAAGUGCCGGAGUGAGACACUGGGACCACCUCGCAGAAUAAUGGAAAUGGAAAAGGGUACUGGUCACAUGGUAUACACCAAUCCCAAAAUGAUGCUGGGUAACCAGACAAUGUUGUUACAGGGAAAUGGAAGUUUUAGUUCAAAGUGACAACUCCGUGCUGAUAUCUGAAGGGAGUUAACAAUAGAAAAUGAGUUGAAAUGUAAAUGAAGUUACGUGAGGUCAGUGCAGUGUGUUGACUAAUUUCAAGGAAAACCCGGUUGGCCCUUUUUACCCCAAAUUUGUUUUCUCCAUUGACUUGUGUGAUGCAUAUCAUCCUGUGAAAGCUGCAUUAUCUUCAUAUCUCCUCUCACUUCAUCAAUCUAUUUCUUUGUUCUACUUCCAGGCCUCUUCUAGAGUUUUAUUUUUAUAGGCAGCCACUAUUUGAUAUUGAUUAAAUGGUUUUUUUGUUUAUUCUGUAUGUAGUUGAAUUCUGCUUUGAUGAUCCUAUUCACUUGGGUAUUCUGUUUACUAUAUAUAAACCAAUGGGAUUAUA